AUGGCAGCUCCAAUCGGUUCAUCGGUGAAUUCAGCUUCGCAAUUUCGAUCUCGUGUUUUACUAGCGACAGCGGUGGUCAUUAUUGAAGACGAUAUGGGUAAUCAGCUUCCGGCAAGGGCACUGUUGGAUUCCGGUUCUGAAAGUAAUUUUAUGACUCAACGGCUUAGUCAACGGAUAAAGGUUUCUCGAAACAAGGUGGAUGUUUCGAUUCUCGGCAUUGGACAAGUUGCGACGAAGGUGAAGCAGAAGGUCAGCGCUGUGGUGAAGUCUCGUACCUCUGAAUAUGCUCGUGAACUUAGUUUCUUGGUUUUACACAAGGUUACGGCAACUCUUCCGACAGCAAAUGUCAACACUGGUGGUUGGAAUAUUCCUGAGGGAAUUUCGCUAGCCGAUCCUGCCUUUUUCCAGUCCAAUAGCGUCGACCUCGUCUUGGGAAUUGAGUGCUUCUUCGAAUUCUUCGAAACUGGUCGAAGAAUAUCGCUUGGAGCGAAUUUGCCAGCACUCAAUGAAUCAGUCUUCGGAUGGAUCGUAUGUGGAGGUGUUUCUCAACCGGAUAGCUCUCUAAAAGUCAGCUGCAACGUCUCGGCGAACGAGACACUUGACAUGCUGGUGUCACGGUUUUGGGAAUCCGAGGAGAUUGGAUCAAAGAGGAACUAUUCCCCGGAGGAGAGUCUAUGUGAGGAGAUUUUUGAGCAGACGGUUCAGCGGAGUUCAAGCGGGCGAUACAGUGUUGCUCUGCCUACGAAAAAGGUUGCUGUGUCAAGGCUCGGUGGCUCCAGAGACAUCGCUUAUCGGCGGCUCUUGGGUACAGAACGUCGAUUUGCCAGGGAUACAGAACUGAAGCGCCAGUACAUGGAAUUUAUGGAGGAGUAUCAUCAACUUGGGCACAUGCGAAAGGUUCCGGCGGAGGAUAUUGGCAAUUUCAGAAGGUGUUUUCUGCCACAUCAUCCGGUAAUAAAGGAGGCGAGUACGACUACCAAGGUGCGCGUAGUCUUCGAUGCCUCUUGCAAGACAUCUUCGGGAGUAUCGUUCAACGACGUCUUGAUGACCGGGCCGGUUGUACAGGAUGACCUCAGGUCCAUCAUUAUGCGGUGUCGGACGAAGGCGAUUAUGCUGGUGGCAGACGUGGAGAAGAUGUUUCGCCAAAUUGAGAUUCAACCCGAAGACAGACCUCUCCAGUGUGUGUUAUGGCGCAACAAUCCGAACGAAGAAGCAGGUGUUUACGAGCUGAACACGGUGACCUACGGCACGAAGCCAGCACCGUUUUUGGCUACCCGUACUCUGCAACAGCUCACAUCAGAUGAGGCAGCUCGUUUUCCCUUGGCAGCGCAAGCGAUGGCUGAUGACACCUACAUGGACGACGUCAUUACCGGAGUGAACAACCUCGAAGAAGCAAUUGAGCUUAGGAAGCAGUUGGAGCAGAUAACGGAAAGCGGAGGUUUUCGACUACGCAAGUUUGCUUGUAAUCGGUCGGAGGUUCUGCAGGGUAUACCGGAAGACAAUUUAGCGAUUCCUGGAUUCGUGGAUUUGGAUCCAGAUCCUUCUGUCAAAACAUUAGGACUUACUUGGUUGCCUGGUUCGGAUACAUUCAUGUUCCAGUUCAAUUUGCCUCAAAUCGAAGAUUUUAACUUUACAAAACGCAACGUUCUCUCUGUUAUUGCCAUGUUAUUCGAUCCUCUAGGGCUGAUUGGGGCCACUAUUACAAUGGCGAAAAUCUACAUGCAGCAGUUGUGGACUCUUCAAAAUUUUGACGGCAAUAGGCUUGAUUGGGACGAGCAACUACCUUCCACGGUGGGUGAGCGUUGGCGAAAAUUUCACGAGGAGUUGUCCUGGCUGAACACCAUUAGAAUCGAUCGCUGUGUUAUUCUCCCCAACCCGAUAGAGCUGGAACUUCAUUGUUUCUCGGAUGCUUCUGAGAAGGCGUUUGGCGGUUGCAUCUAUCUUCGCAGCAGAGAUUUGCAUGGUUUAGUUUGGACUAGACUAGUUUCGUCGAAAUCUAAGGUUGCCCCAUUAAAAUGUCAAUCGAUAGCACGUCUCGAACUCUCUGGAGCAUUAUUGAUUGCAGAACAAUACGAAAAAGUGAAGGAUUCCUUGAAAAUUUCGGCUAAGGCGUUCUUCUGGACCGAUUCGACGUGCGUUUUGCGUUGGUUGCAAGCGAUUCCGACUGUGUGGACGACAUAUGUGGCAAAUAGGGUGUCGAAGAUUCAAACCAUCACUCAGGGUUGCAAGUGGAGCCAUGUACCAGGCAUUGAGAACCCGGCGGACUUGAUAUCGAGAGGAGUUUCGCCAGCAAACAUCGUGGAGAACCAGUUUUGGUGGAGAGGGCCAGCCUGGUUGCAAGAAUCACCGGAAAGUUGGCCUCAAGCGCCAGCGUUUUGUAUUCAAAAUGAAGGAGAUGAGGAACUGCGUCGUACUACUGUGGUUGCUGUUGCCUCUGAAACGGAGGAGUUCGUUAAUACUUACCUUUCUAAAUUUUCGUCUUAUAUUGACCUUAUUCGAAAAACUGCUUACUGGCGACGCCUGAAAACUUUUCUUUGGUGCAGAUUGAGAAACCCAGCAGCAGAACCAAAUAAAGGUUUUCUCUCUGUGUCGGAAUUGAAGCAUGCUGAGCUCGAUCUAAUUUCUCAAAUUCAGAAGGUAGUGUUUGCGGGUGAAUGGAAGGUAUUGGCAGAAGGAAAAUCGGUGUCUAGGAGUUCGCCAAUGCGUUGGUAUAACCCUUUCUUGUCCUCUGAAGGAGUAAUUCGACUUGGUGGUAGACUGAGGAAUUCUGAUGAGCCCCAUGAUGCAAAGUAUCCUGUUGCCCUGCCCGCUAGGCACCCCUUUUCGACGUUGCUCAUUAGGUAUCACCACGAGAAGCUGCUACACGCAGGCCCACAGCUUUUGUUAAGUGUCUUGAGACAGCGUUACUGGAUUUUCGGAGGGAGAGAAACCGUAAGGAAUGUAGUUCAUCGUUGUUUGAGAUGUUAUAGAGCCAAGCCAUCUCCAGUCCAGCAUAUCAUGGGCGAUUUACCUGCUUCCAGGGUGACCAUCGCCCCAGCCUUUCGACGAAGCGGUGUGGAUUAUUUCGGCCCCGUUUACGUCAGACCCGUUCCCCGUCGUCCUGCAGUCAAGGCCUACGUUUGUAUUUUCGUCUGUUUGUGCACAAAGGCUGUUCAUCUCGAACUGGUUUCAGACUUAACCACUGACCGGUUCAUCCAAGCGUUGCGUAGGUUCGUAGGUCGCAGAGGAAAAUGUGCUGAAUCCUAUCUGAUAACGGUACGAAUUUCGUUGGUGCCCGUAACAAAAUGA